AUGUCUAGUACAUCUCAAUCUCCACUACCCACAUUAGAUAUCAUGAGAGAUAUUUUCCUGUGGAGGAAGAAGAAACAAAGCCUACUUGUUCUUGUCGUAUCAACAGCAACAUGUGUGCUGCUAGAAGUCUACCAAUUCAACUUCCUCACUGUCGUUUCUUGGCUGGCUAUGUUCAUUGUCGUUUCACUCUUCCUCUGGGGAAACCUAGUUAGGCUUCUUGGCAAAGAGCCACCAAACUUGUUGGGACUAGAGAUUACAGAAGAGUCGACUAUAAAACUGGCUAUGGCGUUGCGUACAUGGACAGAAGAAGGAAUAAGGUGGAUGUUCCGAGUGGGAGCCCAAAGAGAUUUGUUUUCCUUUGCUUUAACUGUUGGUGGAUUAUGGUUAUUUUCCCAAGUGGCAAAUUACUUUGACCUCUUGACUCUUCUUUAUACAGGAAUUAUUAUGGGCAUGACAAUUCCUCCCGUAUACGUGAAAUAUGAAGAUAAGAUAAAGAGGUGUAAUGAGAGGGUAAAGAAACAGUUGAAAAGGUACUAUGACAGUUUUGACGAGAAGGUGAUGAAGAAAGUGAAGACCAAGGUGGGGACCACUACCACUACCACUACCACCAUAGAAGAAAAGGAGAGAAAGUUUAAAUAG